UUGGAUCCGCGGCUGUCAAGCAGCACUGGAGAAUUGGAGGGGCAGGGAAGGACCAGCGCAAGACGGCGUUUAGUAGCCGUGGGGCUUUGCAUUUAGAUUUAGAUUAUAAGUGACAGGCGAAACCUUGUUUAUUUGCAAGCUGAAAUAAAGUAUAUGGAUAUAUUUCGGCAAGAAGCGUUUUGUUUGUGUCGAAGAUUUUUCCAAUUAGGACUUGCAAGAGUGUCAGUCUGUUUGGUGCACAUUUCAGCCUGUUGAUGAUGGAAAAAACUCGAGAGGGGACAGGAUCGGAUCCUGUGUCCAGAAGUGAAGAUAGUAGCAUUAAAUUUGUCCGAUGGUAAACUGAAGAUCUUUUGGGAUAAAAAAAGAUGUGUUUUUGGGCGGAAAUAAUUUCUGUGGCAAGCUUGGCCGAACAAUGGAUAAAGCAGUUGCACUCACUUUUCCUGCUAUGAUAGAGACUACUUCAUUUGGAAUGGAGGAAAAGUGUAAAGCUUUUGUUAAUGGAGAGAUGGGAGGAUUACAAUGAGGGGAACUCAGCGCAGGGGAUACAGCGUAAGGAAUUUAGUUGCCAAACUAGAUUUGCCUCUAGACGUAUGUUUUUGCAAGAGAAUCGUGCGUUUGCAAAGCAUAUGUCAUUUAUUUAUUAAGAGGCGCCUGAAAGAAAUCGGUUUCCUAGUUGGUUGGUGGGGAAAGACAUUAUUUACAGUCUCUGUGGGGGAAAUUGGUGAAUUAAAGGAAGAAUAAAACCUUAUCAGGGCAGAGCUAGGGAAUCCUCGGAGGAGGGAGGGGGACACGAAGAAGCGAGAAGGAUCUGGCCGCAGUGUGGUGAAAGCAUGGGCUGCGCCUCCAGCAUCCAUAUAUCGGAUAGGGUGGUGUAUCACAGCGGAAAAGAGGCGGAGGAUUCGCACCCGCCGCCGCCGCAGCAGCCCAGUGCCGCCUUACAGGCGCGGCAGCAGAGAAACUCCGCCGUCGGCUCCUCCGCUAAAGCCGCCGCCUGGAAGAACAGAGUCAAGGAGAUUCAGUUUGGACCAAUGAAGCUCUAUCAAGAUCAGCUUCAGGUAGAACGUCAUGUGGUGUUCGCCAAGGACAACGGGCAAUGCGGCGGUUUCCUGCGGGCCUGCGAGAGGGCAGGCUUCAGGUGCAGCGUGGCCAGGACGCCCGAGGUCGCACUGCAGCUCUUCCUGGAGACGCAGCCCGACAUCGUGAUCGUGGACCGCAGGCAUGGCCGACACCUUGACGCUGACGCCGUGUGCCGGUCGAUUCGCGCUGUGAAGUCCUCGGAGAGCACAGUCAUGGUUGCCGUGGUGAAGAGGCCAGACCGAGAGCAAGCCUCUGUGAUGCCACUGAUUGCUGCUGGAUUCAACAGGAGCUACGUGGAGAACCCCAGCGUCAUGAGCUGCUACAACGAGCUGAUCCAGCUAGAGCACGGCGAGGUUCAGGCGCAGUUCCGGCUCAGAGCAUGCAGUGCCAUCUUCACCGCGAUGGAGCAGAGUGAAGAGGCCAUUGAGAUCACCAAUGAAGACAAAGUGAUUCAGUACGUAAACCCCGCCUACGAGGCCAUGAUGGGGUACCAGCAGGGGGAGCUGUUGGGGAAGGAGGUGAUGGAGGCGCCUGAAAGUGAGAGCAAGCCCGACCUCCUGGAGACCAUAAACUCCUACAUCCAGAAAGGAAAGGAGUGGCAGGGUGUUUAUUACACCAAGAAGAAGAACGGGGACAGCGUGCAGCAGGACGUGCGGAUCACGCCGGUGACCGGGCAGGGCGGGAAAAUCAAGCACUUUGUUUCCAUUAACCGGCCAUUAAAUGACAAUAAGAUGGAUACGUGUGGGGGCCGCGUCCCAGCCGAAUCCCAAACAGACAUCCAGUGCAGCAAGCACAAAGAUUGGAGGAAAGGCUCGCUCGAUGUCAGGUCCACCACCUCCCGGGGAAGUGAGGGCAGCUCGCAGAAACGGCACUCCUCUAUGACCCGGAUUCACUCCAUGACCAUCGAGGCCCCCAUUACCAAGGUGAUCAACAUCAUCAAUGCGGCCCAGGAGAGCAGCCCCAUACCGGUGGCCGAGGCCCUGGACCACGUGCUGGAGAUCCUGCGUACUACGGAGCUCUACUCCCCCCAGCUGGGCAAUAAGGAGGAGGACCCCCACACCAGUGAUCUUGUCGGGGGGCUGAUGAUGGACGGAUUGCGGAGAUUGUCAGGAAAUGAACACAUCCUCGUCACCAAACAGUCCCAGCAUGGUCCCAGUCACCUGAUCACCCCACUGUCACUCACCGACAUCCCUCAGCGUGUGGCCCAAGCCAUGGAGAACGAGGAGUCUUGGGACUUUGAUAUCUUCAACCUAGAGACGGUCACCAUGAAGCGGCCGCUGGUGUACUUGGGGCUGAAGGUGUUCUCACGCUUCGGGGUUUGCGAGUUCCUCCGCUGCUCGGAGGCGACUCUGAGGGCCUGGCUGCAGGCCAUCGAGACCAACUACCACAGCGGGAACCCGUACCACAACUCCAGCCAUGCCGCUGACGUCCUGCACGCCACUGCGUACUUCCUGUCCCGGGAGCGUGUGAAGGCCAGCCUGGACCCCAUCGACGAGGUGGCGGCUCUGAUCGCAGCCGCGGUACAUGACGUAGAUCACCCGGGCCGUACCAACUCCUUCCUGUGCAACGCGGGCAGCGAGCUGGCUGUCCUGUACAACGACACGGCCGUGCUGGAGAGCCAUCACGCCGCCCUGGCCUUCCAGAUCACCACCCGCGACAGAAAGUGCAACAUCUUCAGGAACAUGGAGAGGACUGAGUACCGCACGCUGCGGCAGGCCGUCAUCGACAUGGUCCUGGCCACUGAGAUGACCAAGCACUUCGAGCACGUCAACAAGUUUGUGAACAGCAUCAACAAGCCGCUGGCCGCGCUGGAGGAGAGCGAGGGAAACGGGGAAGAGUCCGUGAGAACGAUCCUGACAUCCCCCGAAAACCGGAUCCUCGUGAAGCGCAUGCUCAUCAAAUGUGCAGACAUCUCCAACCCGUGCAGAGCGCUGCGGCUGUGUGUGGAGUGGGCGGGCCGCAUUUCCGAGGAGUAUUUCGCUCAGACGGAUGAAGAGAGGAGUCGGGGGCUGCCUGUGGUGAUGCCGGUGUUCGACAGGAACACCUGCAGCAUUCCCAAAUCCCAGAUCUCCUUUAUUGACUACUUCAUCACGGAUAUGUUUGAUGCCUGGGAUGCCUUUGCUGACCUUCCCAACCUCAUGCAGCACCUAGACAACAACUUUAAGUAUUGGAAAAGCCUAGACGAGCGCAACCUGCGCAGCCUGGCCCCCCCACCGGAGUAGAUGUUCUGUGGUGCCUGCGCAGCCUGGCCCCCCCCCCCCAACCCCCCCAGAGUAGCUGUCCUGUGGCCCCCGCAAAGGAGUCUGUGGACGAGGAGCAGUUCCUUUGUCCUCUAGCUGCAAACUGUUGCGGAGUGUGAUCGGGACAGCAGGCCCACCCCCACGAUAUGGAAUCGCCCAAGAGAGGGGGCCACGGAUGACUAAAGCCCCACAACUUGAAUGGGCCGACGUUGAGGAUAAGCGGGGCAUGGAGUGGGCUGGCGGGGGGGUUUGCCGCCUCCCUCCCCGGGUGCCUUUGUGGGGUGAGAACGGGAGCGUGAGAGACUGGAUGAUCUCUGUCACACAGAAGCCAUGCUGUAGUACUGCAGUGUGCCCCUCCCUUUGCCUGUUUCUGUUUAAUCCUCCUGGUUUUUUUGUUUAUCCCCCCCUGCACACAAACUGUUUCAGUGUAAAGCAUUCAGCUGGGAGUCUGUACAGUCGGCUUCUCAGUUUGGGCCGGCAUCGUAAGGCCUACAGAUGGAUGUUUCGCAUCCUGCCCAUUGACUUUCGGCCACCAUAUUCGGUAUAUUUAUUCUCUUGUAGGCGUUUGAUAUUUCCUGCGAGGUUAGAGAAGUGACUCAUAAUAAACUUAAUGAAAAAAUAAGUGCAAAGCCAAAGCCUUGAGGUUCGCAUCCGUCAACAUACAUUUCAUUGAUACCUAUAUGUUUAUUUUUGUAAUGUAACAGGAUACCUUUUAUGAUGCACUGUAAACGACGACGAAAAUGUACAGUUGGGACGCCCCAUGCUGGGCCUGGUCACAUGACCACGUGAGUGUGGGGCUCCCUGCGGGCCAUCAGGACGUGUGACGCCUGAGAGAUGCUGCAGAAGCGUGUGGCUUUCAGUGACCGAAUCGUGAAUGAAAGUGUUCAGGACUUGAAUUAAUUUUUUUGUACUUGAUGAUAUAAUCUACAGCGAAGACUGCCUUAUUUUAUACUAUAUUUAUACACUGUAUCCCACUGUGUAAAUACAAAGAAUGUCUGGACUUGGUAGUUUAGCCAGAAGUAGUAUUAUGACAAAGAUAUUUUUAUAGACUGUUUGGAUUUGACACUGGAGUAACGGAAGAGACCAUAAACCGUGCAGAACUUAA